AUGAAUGAAUUAACGAAGACAAAAACUAAUAAGAUGAAAUUCGAAUGUUGCAACCGUCAACAGAACUCAAACGAAUUUAUAAUAUGCUCGCAAUGUUUGAAGAAAUAUCACUAUGCAUGUAUAGCAACGACUACUACUUUACAAUACAAAGAAGUUACUAAUGACUUUAAAGCGAACUGGCUGUGUCCUGAAUGCAAUCGUCCCAGAGCCGGCUUAGAUAACUCAAACACUCCUGUUCGAGCAGCAGCCACUCUUGCCAACGAUAAACACGACUCCUCUUUGAAUGUGACAGUUAGAAAUAAACAGAAAUUUACUAAGGCAUCUGACACCGACUCCUCGUUAACAUCCGCCGAUGUUCGACAAAUCAUUAUAGUCCAAGAGCUAGUGAACCCUGGGAGUAACGGUCUCCCUGCUCUACAAGGUUUCGGUGUAGACAGACAUUUACUUGGAUUAAAAUUAAUAGCGAUCGAAAAUGGAAUCGAAGUACCGAAACUAUAUUCCGACCCUGGAUAUGUGAGAAGUGCGAACAUGCGAAUUUCUACAAGCCAGGUGGCGUGCAAAUGCGACGGGUUCAUGUGCUACGCGCCGCUGGUGGCGGACGGCUACUCCACGUGCUACAACCCGCGCGACGACGACGUCAACUUCGCCACGGCCGCCUUCCGCGCGCACCCCGACACCGCCGCCGCGCCCUACGCCGCCGCGCUCGCGCGCGCUCUCACGGACAUGCGCGACCUGCUCCUGGCCACGUCCAAGCUG